AUGAGCAAAAAGAAAAAGGACUGGAAGACUGAAAAAGAAAGACUUCUCAAUUUAGAUUGGGAGGAGAAGCGCAAGGAGUAUCGUCGCCAAGAUUAUAUACCUCUGGAAAGGAUUCCAACCUGGAGAGAGGAAAAUAUACAGAGUGACAAAGAAGAAGAGAAGGCACUGACGGAUGGAGGGAAAGUGAGUGACAAAGUGUCUCUCUACAAGGGGGACAUUACCAUCUUGGAAGUGGACGCCAUAGUCAAUGCUGGUCUCAACAUUUGGCCCCCUGUUACUCUAUUCAAGCUGCUGGACCAGUUGCCUCUUGUGCAGGUACCAAACUUCACAUGA